AUGGACAAGCGUCAGGUGGAACGAGAGAGCUGGAUAACGGUGAAGGCCCAGACAGCCUUGAUGUUUUACAGCCACGAGGGACAGCAGCACCUCCUGAACCUCAUCAGCAUGCCACAAACUGGGAGCCACAGUAGACAUCAAAAUCCUGAUGGCUCGACCAGUGAGUCCAGCAUCCUGGACUCCCAGAGGGCAGGGAGGGCUACGUUAGUUCGCCAGGCAGAAAACCUGUGCACUGCGACAAAAGCCCGAAAUGACACUGUUCUGGGGAGUCUGGGACUCCCCAUUCAGGACGUCACCCUGCCUUCACCUCAACCACCACCUUUCCCAAAAAGAAGUAUCAGAUCCCCCCAACGAAGAAGGAGGAUCGCCCCUCUUUCAGAUGUUCCUCGUUUCAACACUGAGGUAAUCGACAGACACCAGAGCCCUGGAAGUCUUGAUGAGGAGAACGACUCCUUCUGGGAGAAGGUGCUUCUUGGCAGCCAGAUGGCUGCCCUCACAUGUAAGGAGGCUCAAAUGGCAGACCAAGACCAGAGCUCAACCUCCUCCCUCAGCUCGGUUGAUUGCCAAACACCCAGUGAGCUGGGGGCCAUUGCUCUGAUUGAGGAACCAACAACUCCUCCUCCUCCUCCUCCUCCUCCUCCUCCUCCUCGAGCAGUCACACUGUUCAGGAGAAGAAUGUCUCGUCUGCCUGUGCUUUCAGCCAAACACAGUGGAGCAGAGAAAGAGGUAGCCGAUGGAUGUAGGCUACAAUCGGCUAAAGGGAAAGUCGAGGCUUUUGUGGAGAGAUUGAAAUGCCUCCAGCUCGCCUCCAUCCCUUCACCUCGACCUCCAGCAGCUCCAAAGACGACCCCUGCAGCGACGCCUUUGGCUCCCACCCCUCCAAGAGUUCCCCAGGCCCGGAAACGAGGGACUCGACCCGGGGUGGCCCUGUGUCCCGCAAAAGCCGUCAGCGUGGCAGGCAAGGACACAACCAUCGACUGCAGCCCUAACGCUGCAAAGGAUAAAAAGGUCAAGAAGACGGAGCUACAGCCGUUGACCGACCCUGUGCAGAGCCUGUCGGCCUGUUUCAAGCUGCUCUCCCUAGAUGACUGGGAGAAGAAAAUCGACGGCUUGAAAAUCAUUCAGGCUCUUGCACAGCACCACCCAGACACACUGAGGACAAAAGUGCAUGAAGUGUGUCUGGUUCUCAUCGAGGAGGUGAACAACUUACGCUCAGCCGUUGCCUGUGAAGCAAUGGACACCUUGGCAGAGCUGUACGUUCACCUCCGAAAGGCCAUGGACCCAGAGGCAGAGGGAACAGGCCGAGCCUUGCUGCUGAAACUGGCACAGACAACGAGUGCCUUCAUUCACCAGCAGGCUAAUCUUGCUCUCGAUGCCCUGGUAGACAACUGCAGCCAUGGUCGCAUUGUGAGCGCUCUUUUGAACGCAGGCCUGAGCCACCGAUGUGCUGCUGUCAGAGGCAGCAUGGCUCAACAUCUGCACCAGCUGGCUGACAGCAUGGGAGCAGCUCGCAUCUUGACAGCAGGAAGGACAGUCACAGAGCGCUUCCUUCUUGCUGUCUCCAAGAUGUGUAUCGAUUGUGCACCAGAAGUGAGGCACCACGGACAGAUAGUACUCUUAAAAUUGGCUGACCACAAGGACUUCAUCAAAUUGUGGACAAAGAUCGUUCCAGUAAACGAAAGACCAUCACUGGACAAGAUCUUAAAGAAGGCCAAGAAAUAG